AAGCAAACAAGACACUUUCCUACCUUCCAGCCUUCCACAACAGAGCCUCACGUCACUGUCUCGCAGCACAGCAACGAGCAAAUCAACGGGACAACCCUUCCCUUCUGCCCGCCCCCUCACGCCACCUUCACCUUUAGACCUUUGCUUGCUCCCCGUUGCACACAGCCAGCCAUGCCCCGGCGUGAAUACGGCCACGAUCAUCAUGACGAAGACGAGCGCACAUCACUGUUGGUGCAGCAGCGCGACGACUCUCGGGUCCGCGAGGAAGGCGAGGAGCGGCGCAGCUGGCGCAAGUUGGAGGUGCUUGUGUGCUGGCUUGUUGCUUGGUUUGCCACGUUCAAUUUCACCGUUGUCCUGCCAGGCCUCCGCCCAUACCUGGACGACAUCCACACAGAAAAGGCCGACCUCGUGUAUGGCAUCAUCACGGGCGUGUGUCCCUUGGCCACUGCCUUUGGUGCGCUCCUCAUCCCGCAGAUUGUGAGCCGCUGGCAGCCACGGCUCGGACCUUUCAUGGCGCUCCUUGUCGCCUUCAGCCUGCCGAUGUUCGCCUACGGGUUUGUCCGCAACCCCUGGGCCAUCCUCGUCCUCCGCACCCUUGGCGGCUUCACGGCCUCAACGGCGGUGUUUUGUCGAAAGGCACUUGCCCAGGGAUCCCCACAGGCAAUCACCUUCAACAUGACUGGCUUCACCGUGUGUAUGGGCAUUGGCUACGCCAGUGGGCCGGCCGUUGGCGCUGCGCUCGCAACCGUGCACGGCAUCCACGACUACAUCUUGGUUGGCAUCGUCUGCGGAUCCGGCGCCCUCCUUCUCUGCAUUCUCUCCCUCAUUAUCUUCUUCAGAACGCCAACAGCCCACCAGCAGCCACAGCAGCCACAACAUCAACGACAAGGCGGUCCCCCAACAACCACACCGGUCGAGAGCUCAACGCCUUUGCUUCCCACGCGCACGCCCUUUUCUCGACAGCUCAUCUACCUGUACCUCAUCAACGCCCUCAUCACCAUCGUCUUCACUGCAUUUGUUGCUGCUGCUGCGCCGCGAAUCGGAGACAUCUUCGACUGGCACGACACCAAGGCAGGCUACGUGCAGGCUGUCAUCGGUGCUGCCUUCGCCUUGAGCGGCCUCACCAACGGCAUCUUGCUUGAACACGUUCCCUUUCACGCCAACUUUGCGAUUGCAUUCGCUUGCAGCGCUGGUGGCUCCGCGCUGCUUGCUGACUGGACCGCUGGCGGCUCCCCGAACCUGCCACGCGUCAUCGUUGGCUGCUUGCUGUCUGGCUUUGGCAACUCCCUCACCGGGACCAUGGUCAUGAAGCGCAUUGGCAUGGUCACCCGCAACAACCCAAACAUGAAGACGCGCGCCUUCUCCUGGCUGACCAUCACCGUUGGCCUUGCCAGCAUCUUCGCCUCCGUUUGGACGGGCGUCAUGCUGCACUACCAUGUUGGCGUGGACCUCUACUAUGCCAACCUUGGCCUCGUUGCCGUCUCUACCCUGGCAUCAGUUGCCGUGGACAAGCAUCCCGUGGACCUGUAGUGCGACCCUGCGCGCGUGUGUGCUUGUGCGUGUGCCUGUGUGUGUGUGUGUGUGUG